CUUUCCCUCUUUCUCCCUCUCUCUCCCCCAAAAUCUCUAAUAAAAUUCAUCUGCGCCCUGCUUUACCAAAUCAGCUUGGGAUUUUCUUCUUUCCCUAACAAUAACCUCUUAAUUUUAUUUCCAUGCUUUUUCGCGGUUUUAAUUAUCCAAAUCUUUGGAAUCUGAUUUUGAAUCUUGAUACCUUAACGUAACGCCGUUUUUCAUCUCUUCCUUUCUGUAACAUUUUCGCAUUCGGCAUCAGAUUCAACCUGUUCUUAUAUAUUCUUUAUCCAGGAAGCCCUUUUAUUAUGCCACUUUUAUUUAUUUGUUUGUUUUAUGUUUUAACCUAGUUCUAGGGUUUUUCCUUUGAUAGUUUGUGUUAACGGGAGCUGAGUGUGCUUCAAUUGAGCACUUCAAUUGAAGAUUUCCUUCACCAAUUGGGCAUUUAUAGGAGAUUUGCUACUUCUUGUUUUCGGUAUCAGGUAGGGUUGAUGGCUGAUCGGAGUUCGGCCGUUGCAAAGCCGGUAUGGAUGAAGCAAGCCGAGGAGGCCAAGCUGAAGAGCGAAGCCGAGAAAGCCGCGGCAGCUAAAGCUGCUUUCGAAGCGACCUUCAAGGAUUUGGAGAAGAGUCGCGAGAAGGGCACUGUUCAAUCUGACAGUGAAUCCGAGGAAUACGAGGAUUUGGCCAAUAAGCCGAUUGGACCUGUGGAUCCUUCUAAGUGCACGGCAGCGGGUACUGGCAUUGCCGGCGGAACAGCCUGUGCUCCUUCUUCGUUCACAGUGGUCACCAAGGAUUCAGAUGAGAGGAAGGUUUCAGGUGGUGGUGCACAAGUCAAGGUGAGGGUGACGCCAGGUUUGGGCGUUGGAGGGUCUGAUCAAGAAGGGAUUGUGAAGGAUAUGGGUGAUGGAACGUAUAACGUCACUUAUGUGGUGCCCAAGAGAGGGAAUUACAUGGUCAGUGUUGAAUGUAAUGGCAAGGCAAUCAUGGGUAGUCCAUUCCCUGUGUUUUUCAGUGCAGGCAAUAGUAGUGGAGGGCUGCUGGGUUUAGCUCCGGCAUCUUCUUUUCCAAAUCUGGUUAAUCAAACUAUGCCAAACAUGCCGAACUACUCUGGGUCCGUUUCAGGGGCAUUCCCAGGAUUACUGGGAAUGAUUCCAGGGAUUGUUGCUGGAGCUUCUGGGGGUGCUAUUUUGCCUGGAAUUGGGGCCUCACUAGGGGAAGUUUGCCGUGAUUAUCUUAAUGGGCGAUGUAUAAAAGUCGAUUGUAAGUUGAAUCACCCACCUCAUAAUUUGCUAAUGACUGCAUUAGCCGCAACGACCUCAAUGGGAACACUUAGUCAAGCUCCUAUGGCUCCGUCUGCUGCUGCAAUGGCUGCUGCACAGGCAAUAGUCGCUGCCCAAGCACUUCAAGCCCAUGCAGCUCAGGUGCAAGCUCAGUCAGUAAAAGAUUCCACUGGCUCACCUGAAAAAGCUGGUAAGGAUGAUGCAUUGAAGAAAACUCUCCAAGUUAGCAAUCUGAGUCCACUUCUCACUGUUGAACAGCUAAAACAACUCUUUGGCUUCUGUGGCACAGUUGUUGAAUGCACAAUUGCUGAUUCAAAGCAUUUUGCUUAUAUAGAAUAUUCAAAACCUGAAGAAGCAACUGCUGCUCUGGCGUUAAAUAACAUAGAUGUUGGUGGCCGGCCUUUGAAUGUUGAGAUGGCAAAAUCUCUUCCGCAAAAACCAUCUGUUGUGAAUUCUUCCCUUGCUUCGUCAUCUCUUCCUUUGAUGAUGCAGCAAGCUGUGGCAAUGCAGCAGAUGCAAUUCCAGCAAGCUCUGCUUAUGCAACAAACCAUGACUGCACAGCAGGCUGCCAAUAAAGCCGCCACCAUGAAGUCUGCAACAGAGUUAGCGGCAGCCCGAGCUGCUGAAAUAAGUAAGAAACUGAAAGCUGAUGGACCUGAAAUUGAAGAGAAAGAAACAAAACAGAAAUCCAGGUCUCCUUCUCCUCCUCGUGCAAGAUCUCGGUCAAAGUCGAGAUCUCCUGUUAGUUAUCGAAGAAGGAGGAGGUCUCGUUCCUACUCUCCUGCUCGCUACAAUAGGGGUCGUCGGUCCAGAUCACCAGUCAGGUCCCAUCAUUAUUCAAGCUAUGAAAGGGAUCGAAGGUCCUAUAGAGACAUCAGAGAACACAGUGAUAGAAGCAGAAGACGGGAUUCAGAUAGAUACCUUGAUCGGCAUUCAUCUGCUUCAAGAAGGAAUAGGAGUAGGAGCGUGAGCCCUCAUUCAAGGAAAUCACAUCGAACUGAAUCUAUUUCUCCAAAACAUCACAGAGAAAGUUCACCUCAUAGAGGAAGGAAAGAAUCACGUGCUGAUUCUGGAUCCCCAAGUCAUCGCAGAGGUAGCAAGUCAUCUCCCAAGAUUGAUGAAAUCAAACAAGAGAGCAAAAGACGCUCAAGAUCAGUUUCUUCAGAUGAUAAUAGGCUUCAAUCCAGCAAAAAUGAAGAAGUCCUGCAUGGAAAAUCUAAAAAUAGAGACAGAAGACGGUCCAGGUCAGUAUCUGUCGAGGAGAAGCCUUACAGGAGGAGCCGAUCAUCCCCAAGAAGAGUGGAUGAAAGUAGAUCUAGGCAUAAUAAACGGUCAAGAUCGAAAUCUGUGGAUGAUAAGCAGCGCUUGCCUGAGAAAUCAGAUGAAAGCAAGCAUAGAAGGUCAAGGCCUAGUGAUAAAAGGCGUUCCAGAUCAAGAUCAACAGAAAGUAAGAAUGAAAUUGAUGAAAGAGAGGAUGAAAAAAAGAUCAAAACUGAUAGGUCAAAGCAUCAUCACACUAAAAGAAACAGGUCAAGAUCUGUUGAAGGGAAGCAUCGCACUAAAGAUAAAUCAGGUGAUAGUAAAGAUAAAAAAUCAAAGCAUCGCAAUAGAAGACGUUCCCGGUCAAUAUCAUUAGAGGUUGAGCAUAACAACGGAGGCAGCUCAUCACAUAAAGAAUUGGAUGAAAGCAAUUUUGAACAGAGAAAACUUAGGUCUAAGUCCCCUGAAGGAAAGCGUCACACUGGUGAUAAAUAUGGAAGCAGAUAUGAAAGAUCAGAGCAUCAAGAGAAAUCCCUAUCUAAAUCAAAAUCAGGAAAUCACAACCCAGUUGAAUGUGAUGGUAAUGGGCUCUCCCCACGAGUUAUGGAGGAGUACGAAUCUAAGGGAAUAACACAAACUGAUUCUGGAUUUAUGGAAGGUAAACAUCAUUUGAAUGAUGGAGAAAAUGCUACUAGCAAUAUAAAUUCAAAAGUUCAUGAAGAUGCUGUGCAGGAACCAACUAUAAAUUUAAAGAUGGCAAAGGCAAAUGAUAGUGGGAAUUGGGUUUCACCAAACAAAACCUGCAAGUCAGAAGGGUCAAGUGAAAAUGCUGGAGCUGAUUAUAACCAAGACCGUAUGUGUGGUGAAGAAGCAAGAAGUGGAAGAUAUUAAGCACUCUCUAUUUGGAGUGGGAAUAUAAAUGAUUUCAAAGAUUCAACCUGGCUUUUGACUAUGCUAAUGGACAUUAUUGUGACAUAGAUCUGUCAUUUCAUCCGGAACCAAAAGUGGCACCUACUUAUCAGAGAAGCCAUGUUACACAAGGCUGAUUUGGUUUCAUAGUGCUGUCAUAUAUUGUUUCACUACAAGAGCAUUGCAGGAAUCAUGGUUGAAGAUUUUUUCACCCGUCAAUGAUUAUGGCGCAUAUUCUAAUUAAGGAUUCUCAUUAAGUUUACUGAACUAAUUCCUUCCAAGGAAUAGACAGUUUCUUCUUAGUAGAAAUCACAAUUCUCAGAGGAUGCUUCGCUAUUUGAUUUGGUUCCCAGAAUAUUCUGUGUUAGCUGAUGAACAAAUUCAAUUGAUUAUUUCCUUUUUUCAGGUUGGGUUGGAACAAAGAUCAGAUAUAGAAUCUGAGCUGUGAUGUGGUUUAAGGUUUCAAGAAGUGUCGUGAAUUUGUCAUGAUCAGCCACGCAGCGCUUAUAUAUCAUGCUUCUUUUACUGCUUGAUUGAUGUUAUUCACGUUGAAAUCUGUUCGAGCUUUGAGAUAAAGUUUUGCUGGGUUGGUUUCUCUUGUGUAAAAUGAAGAAAUUAUUAUGGUUAGGUAAAGCUUCUAUUUAAGGUCAAGUGAACCUGGAUGUUGCUGCAAUGAGUUACUUCAUGUUGCAUUUGAGCAAAUUGGGCAGAGUUACAGUUUUUACUUAAGUAAAUGCUGAAAAGCAAAUGUUGAUUUGAACAGGGUAAGCUGUGGAUAUGAUGAUCUUAUGAGCAGUUGCAGCCUCUUCCUCCAGAUUAUUAUUCGAAGUUCUUGGAAGUUGUGUGCUUUUAGAUUUCUAUUCGUUGUGGGUAGAAUAUUUGAAUAGAAUCGUUAUCUCUCUGCAUCAAGUGCUCGACUCACUAAUGUUUCCCCGUCAAUUUGUCUUGUUGGCAUUUAUGGGAUUUACCAGUCUGUUUUUUUCCCCCCAGUCUGAAUAGUUCACUAAGAAAUAGGAAACACAGUAAAGUAUACUUGCCCGACAUUUGACGUGUUCAAUCAUGAUUAAGUGGAAUGUCAAUAGGUGUGUUGAUCCUCGACAGUUGGUCGGUGACAUUUUCGGGGCCAUAAGUUUUUCUAGUUUUUCCCCGUGUUUUACCUGCUGCUUGUCGCCUGAACCGUAGUGUCAUGCGGAAUUAAAAAGCAUUCCCUUCGGGAUUUGCUUAUAACGACUAAAAUAUACACUUUUAUA